CUGAACCUUGUGCCACGCUUCAAAAUUUCUAAGAAAGGUGCCCCGGGGAGUGGUCGCUUACUGCAUACCAUAUACGACUCCAGCCGCCGGGAAACGCUCAUUGCCGAGUCUGUGGUGAAGAAGUUGCGACUACCAGUCUUCCCGUGGAAGCCAGGCAAUCCGAUCGAGGUCAGAAGCAACAAAGGCUUAUGGCUAGAGAUCACGGCCUACGUCACUGUACAUGCAGAAGUCCCCGGUCUGAGCGAUGCCGAUCUGGGACAGUGCAAUUUCGGCAUCAUGCCGGACAACAUCCAAGGCCUCGAGGGCGUCGAGAUAGCUGUUGGUGCAAGAGCUCUCGAGAAGCUAGAGGAAGAUUGCGGACUAUCUCCGGAAACUCGUGCAGACAUCGAUCUCAACUACAAGGGACAGAAAGUUCUACCCAUGAACUCAGUACUUGAGACGGGACAACCGCCAGCGAUGUUCCUCGGACACGGUGGUCAUCAACAGCCUUCCUCCCUCCUUCAGCCACCUGUCUACAAUCCCUCGUUCGGGUUCAGCAACACGAGUGCCUUCGCUUCUGGAUUUUCCUCUAAUCCUGCAUCGACUCCGAGGACAUCACUCUGCGAAUCGGUACGUGCUCAGACGACGAUGUACGACUGUCUCAACCCACUUCCCCCGGCGAUCGAUCAAGAUAAUGAGGAAGACUGGGGAAAUAAGAGCAUGAUAUCUGGAGGCUUGCAAUAUGGCCAUCACGACAACGACAACAGGUCCUCGAUUAGCCAGGCUUACUCGUUCUCCGAGCAAAGCUUGCCAGGCUUCAAUACGCAAGACACCCCCGGCAGACCGGCCACGACGGUCUCAACAACGUUCGGACGGCGAACUCCUCAAGUCCCUAGCCUCACGAUCUCCCCUGUGAUGAGUUUUCAUGGCCAGCGUCGAUACAGUGUUAACGGAGGCUACAUUCAGCCUGAGUUCUCCCCGACUCACAGUCUCAUGUCGCAUGUGUCGGCAGCUACGACUGGAGCUAACUUCGGUCCACGAUUGCGACCUACGAGCUUAGGGCACUUGAGGAGCUUGAGCGAGAGCCAGGCGGAGUUUGGAGGUCUAGAAACAACAUCUAGCCACUGGCAGCUUCACAUGGAAGAUGACCUUCUCGGCAUGGACCCUAACGAUAUUGGAAUGCCCGUCGACCCAAGCAUUGAGCCGAUGGAUCCGGACCCCUUCGGUCCCGGUUUCUCCUGA